UCACACUUCAAAAUGUCAAUCUUACAGUCAAGUCUGAGCUUUGUGCUGCUGUUGGCUAUGCUUGAGUUGGGUAACUCAAGAAGAUUACAUAAUCACCUGCCAAGUCAUUGGCAUAACAUAUGCAGGGUAAAGACAGGAGUGGCUUGCCUAGACCAAUCGACAGACAAAAGCAUUGUUGAUAUAAUGAGAAAGAAACAGCCUACUUGCAUAUCUUGUGAUGUCGGCCCAGAUGACAUUUGGAACUUGCAUGACCUCCGACGUUUUCUUCAUAAAUCAAGUAAGAACUAUGCAUUGACCGUUCGAUGCCGAGAAGGAGGUAAUGUUUCACUUCCGUUCCCCAUACGCGCAGCUGGCUUAGAGUAUUUCUCGAUCAAAAAUUGUUUGAUCGUCGAUUACAUGUCGGAAUAUUUCGACCCCGCCAUCAAUGAUAUCCCAGAUGACCUGAUAUAUAGCAGUAUUUCAGACUCGACCAUAUAUGUUGACAUCAUGAAAAUGAUGGAAGUAUCCAAUGGAAUGAAUAAUAUGACGAAGGCAGCCAAAUGUGGAGCAGAGAAGAACAUCGCUGUCACCAUAGCAAGGAAUAUUUCAUAUACAUUUUCAGAUUUGCCAGAAACAAUUCUAAAUGACAUUUUCACCACAUUUACCGUCAGGACAUCUACAAAGUACCUACGAGGACUCCUGUCAUCAUCCCACACCUGUGCUUAUCCAAAACUCAUCGAAAUGGACCUAAGUGUCUCGAAUACCCGAGGUGCAAAGUUUGACAGUAUCCUUGUCAAUAAUGCGGAUUACCCUGCAUUGAAGACAUUGAAAGUUACUCAUUCUUCACUUAGUAGCAUACCAGAGAGAUUUAAUGACUGGAGAUGGGAUUUCCCUCGACUAUCGACUCUUGAUCUGUCACACAACCACAUCAAAGACUUCGGCACUGUACUUGAUUAUGGAAACCGGUCUAUAGAGUCCAGCAUCGGUACUCUAGAUCUGCAACAUAACCUCAUAUCCACAAUCACACUGGCCGAGUUAGAGUCUUUACGAGAUCACAGGUUCGUGAAGAUAGAUAUAAGAAACAAUCCCUUUAACUGCGACUGCAAAAUGCGUGACUUUGUUGAUUUUUUCAGACGUUCAAACGAUUUUAUGGAAGGUGGAAAAGGAAGCCAAUACAGUUACCUUAGACAUCUCAAAUGUCAGGAACCAGUUUCCUUGAAAUGUCGCACGAUUGUGGAUUUAAACCAUACAGACCUUGGAUGCUAAAAACAGCACAUACGUUACACAUAUAAGAGUGUUCAACGCAACAUAUACCAAUAAAAAGUGUAUCUUAUUGUAUCUAUUGUAUGUAAAUAUAUUUCAAAUUGAUUAUUUAUGGUUCUUUGUUACUAAAAUGGAAUGUAAUGUGUGCGCAGGUACAAUGUAGUCGCAUGCAGCGAAAUACCAUAGUAUACAUACAUUAAAUACAUGUAUGGAAUUAAAAAUAAUUCAAGUAUACAUGUUCAGAACUUUCAUGUUUAUGUUUUAUUUAUUUAUUUAUUUAUUUAUUAUGUAUCUACUUAAACACCAAUACAUCAUUAUCAUGAUAAUUGAAAUAUGUAUUUAAUUAGGAUAAACAACACAAUCAAUUGUAAUUAACGUACAAGGUUAUGCAAAUUGUGUUCAUUUGU